AUGGCAGAAUGUGAUGGUAUGCAAUGCUGGUCCUCGUACUCAGGAGUCAAGUACGAGGAAGUGACCAAACUGUUCACCAAGUUCGGCAACGUACAGAAUAUUGUCAUGAUACCAAAGAAGUCAUAUUGUUUUGUUGUAUAUUCUUCAAUAGAUGAGGCAGCCAAAGCCUAUGAUUCUAUCAAUGUGCCUUCAGGAUUUGGUUUACCAGAAUCCCAACCACUACCAGAAGGCUUAGUCUUGCUGAACGAUUUUGCCACGGAAGAGGAAGAAAAGCAGUUAUUAAACUGUAUCAACUGGAAUACUGAGGGCCAAGUGGAGAAAGCGUUGAAACAUCGAAGAGUCAAACAUUUCGGCUAUGAGUUCCGUAACGAUAUAAACAAUGUUGACAAGGACUCACCAUUGGAGGAGGCCAUUCCAUCAGAGUGUGACUUUAUUGGGGAGCGUCUUGCAAAACUUGGCCAUCCUCUAGCAUGGGUACCUGACCAACUAACAGUCAACCAAUACCAAAGAGGGCAAGGUAUACCCAGCCACAUUGACACUCACAGUGCCUUCGAGUCACCAAUACUCUCUCUGUCGCUCGGCUCAGAUGUGGUGAUGGAGUUCCGGAGAGGUGAGAAGCAUGUGCCAGUGCUGCUGCCUCGUCGUUCCCUUCUCAUCAUGAGUGGAGAGUCAAGGUAUGUGUGGAGCCACGGGAUCACGCCACGGACCAUGGAUGUGGUGGCAGUGGCUGGAGGACUUAGUGUGUACAAUAGUAUAGCCAACCACUUCAGUGACACCCGGACCAAAUUGUGGCCCAAUGUGACAGAGUUUCUGCUCUCCUUUCCUCGGGGCUCAGUUCUCAUUGAUGCUGGCUGCGGAAAUGGAAAAUAUUUUGGUGCUAACCCUCUGGUAUUCCAGGUAGGAUUUGACCGCAGUGAAGGCCUGGCAGUGAUCACCUGCUCACGAGGCCAUGAGGUGUUCGUGGGCGACUGUCUUCAUCUACCUGUGCGGGACGGACUAGCCGACGGUAUCAUCAGUGUGGCGGUGACUUCCCAAUCAUCUGUCCACACGGGAACCGGCGGCUUGAGUGUCGGUUGCGUUGAGAUGGCCCACGUCGUGACUGACGCCCAGAGCGAGGGACCGAGCACCUCAUCACAGUGUGGGCCCCGGAGUCAGGACCGCAGCAGGAUCUCUUCGGCGUGA